AUGGAAACUAAUGCUAAAAAAAAUGAUGCGAAGAUCUGGCCUGAUUCAAUAAUUAAGGAUUACAUUCAUAUUAUGGUUGAUGAGGUCACCAAAGGAAAUAUGCAAAAUGGUAUUUUUCACACUAGAAUAUGGAAUUCCAUAAAAUAUAAACUGAAUUCCAUAAGUAAUAGGUCUUUUAGUAUCAAGCAAAUAAAGCAAAAGUUUCAUAGACUACGAACUAGGCAUCAUGAGUUCUCUUUACUCUUGCAAUACACUGGAUUUGGUUGGGAUGCGAAAACCAACACUGUCAUGGCUAGUGAAGAAGUUUGGCAGUCUUACAUUCGGGUGCAUCCAGAUGCUGCUCAAUUUCAAAAGAAAGGAUGUGAACAUUACAAGUUAUUAGGAAUUUUACUUAAUAGAAGUACUGCAACCGGAGUACUUUGUCAUUCAUCUACCCAAGACCCACCAAAUACAAAUGAAGAACUUGAGCUUGAAAAUCAAUACCUUAAUAAUGGUGUUCACGUAGAUGUUAAUCAAGAUAGUUCAGAUGAUGACUUGUAA